AUCAUCUUAAGCCUUUCGUUUUAGAUGCUACUCUGCUUUCCAAAAUUCAAUGGAAAUUUUCUCCAAAUCUCCUUUGAUGAGACUCUGUUUCUUAGCAAGAAAAUGAAGGAACCAUCUUUACAUUUUUGGGUAAUCAUAGGGAUGCUUGUAAUGGCGACAAUGACCUCCAUGUGUAUGGGAAACAACGUGUACCCUCUCAUUCUGGUUCCAGGAAACGGUGGUAACCAGUUAGAGGCAAGACUGGACAGAGAGUACAAGCCAACUAGCUUUUGGUGUAGCAGCUGGUUAUAUCCGAUUCACAAGAAGAAUGGUGGAUGGUUUAGGCUAUGGUUUGAUGCAGCAGUGAUAUUCUCUCCCUUCACCAGGUGCUUCAACGACCGUAUGAUGUUGUACUAUGACGCCGAUUUGGAUGAUUACCAAAAUGCUCCUGGUGUCCAUACCAGGGUUCCUCAUUUUGGUUCGACCAAGUCGCUUCUAUACCUUGACCCUCGUCUCCGAGAUGCCACAUCUUACAUGGAACCUUUGGUGAAAGCUCUAGAGAAAGGCUGUGGGUAUGUUAACGACCAAACCCUCUUGGGAGCUCCAUAUGAUUUCAGGUAUGGCCUGGCUGCGUCGGGCCACCCAUCCCGUGUAGCCUCAGAGUUCCUACAAGACCUCAAGAGUUUGGUGGAAAAAACAAGCGGCGAGAACAACGGAAAGCCAGUGAUACUCCUCUCCCAUAGCCUAGGAGGACUUUUUGUUCUCCAAUUCCUCAACCGUACCACCCCUUCAUGGCGCCGCAAGUACAUCAAACACUUUGUUGCACUUGCUGCACCAUGGGGUGGGACGAUCUCGCAGAUGAAGACGUUUGCUUCUGGAAACACACUCGGUGUACCUUUAGUUGACCCUUUGCUGGUCAGACCACAGCAGAGGACCUCCGAGAGUAACCAAUGGUUACUUCCAUCUGCCAAAGUGUUUCACGACAGAACCAAACCGCUUGUCGUUACUCCCGGGGUUAACUACACAGCUUACGAGAUGGAUAAGUUUCUUGCGGUCAUUGGAUUCUCUCAAGGAGUUGUGCCUUACAAGACAAGAGUGUUGCCUUUAACAGAGGAACUGGUGACUCCGGGAGUGCCAGUCACUUGCAUAUAUGGGAGAGGAGUUGAUACGCCAGAGGUUUUGGUGUAUGGAAAAGGAGGAUUUGAUGAGCAACCAGAGAUUAAGUAUGGAGAUGGAGAUGGGACGGUUAAUUUGGCGAGUUUAGCAGCUUUGGAAGCUGAGAGCGUGGAAAACGUUGAGCUUGGUGGAGUCUCGCAUACCUCUAUACUCAAAGAUGAGAUUGCACUUAAACAGAUUGUGAAGCAGAUUUCGAUUAUUAAUUCUGCAUUAGCCAACGUCAAUGCUAUGAGUGAAUGAGAGGAGUACUCAUUAUUCCAUCAAUUUUAGUUGUAUAUUGUAAGAUAAAGAAGUCAUUUACAGAGAUUUCACGGUUUGUUUAGUUUGGCUCACACAAAAGUUUUAUUAA